ACAUAGACUUUGAUCAUUUCAACUAUGCAAAGUCCACUCUCAUCUGUCUCUCAUCUCAUCUCAUGGAUAACCAAAAAUGCCAUGAACAAACUACAAACUCCAGAAGCUCUAAGAGGAAGCUAGAUGAUGAAUUCAUCGUCACAUCGUCCGAUGAAACCACUCAACAAGAUCUAGCAUCUCAUGUUCGCGCUCAGGUUCAAAUCCUAGACUCCACUGUUUCAUCGCUUGAAGCAGAUCGCGCGAUUGUCAAACAUUCCAUUCAUAUCCUCUCGGAGCUCGCUAAGAACCAGGAUAUUGUGAACUUAAUUGUUGAAUCCGGUGGCGUUUCAGCGCUUGUUCAACAUCUUCAAGCUCCAGAGUGGAAAGAACUUUCAGAACCAAGGCCGUAUGAGCAUGAAGUAGAGAAGGGAAGUGCUUUUACUCUUGGACUUCUUGCUCUAAAGCUUGAACAUCAACAACUCAUUGUUGAUGCCGAAGCUCUACCUCAUCUUAUUACCCUGCUUAAGAGACACAAGGAUGGCGAGAAAUCUCGAGCAGUCAUAAGAAGAGCUGCAGAUGCAAUCACAAACCUUGCUCAUGAGAAUAGCAGUUUGUCUGAUCGACGUCACAUUUUCAUUUUCAGGGUUGAAGGUGGUAUCCCACCUCUUGUUGAAUUGCUCGAGUUCGCUGAUGCUAAGGUGCAGAGAGCGGCUGCAGGGGCGCUGCGUACUUUAGCCUUCAAAAAUGAAGAAAACAAAACUCUGAUAGUGGACUGCAAUGCUUUGCCUACUCUUAUUCUAAUGCUUCAGUCUGAAGAUGUAGCAAUACACUAUGAAGCAGUUGGUGUAAUCGGGAAUCUUGUCCACUCGUCCCCCAACAUAAAGAAGGAAGUUCUUCGUGCUGGAGCGUUACAACCCGUAAUUGAAUUGCUUAGCUCAAGUUGUUUAGAGAGCCAACGUGAAGCGGCUUUAUUGCUUGGACAGUUUGCCAAUGGUGAUACAGACUGCAAGAUUGACAUAGUUCAAAAAGGUGCGGUUGGGCCACUAAUCGACAUGUUGCAGUCACCCGAUGCUCAAGUAAGGGAGAUGUCAACUUUCGCCUUAGGAAGAUUGGCGCAGGCCGGUAUUGCACAUGGCGGCGGCAUACCUCCAUUGUUGAAACUUCUUGAUUCUAAAGAUGAUCGCGUGCAACACAAUGCAGCAUUUGCGUUAUUCGGUCUUGCUGAUAAUGAGUAUAAUGUUGCUGAUUUUAUAAGGGUUGGUGGGGUACAAAAGCUACAAGAUGGUGAAUUCAUUUUCCAACCAACUCGGGAUUGUGUGGCCAAGACUUUGAAAAGGCUCGAGGAGAAGGUCAACGAACGUAUAUGUAAACGGUCUAAGAUGUAAGCGUACCGAUUCACCCAAGUGAUGAAUCAACAAACAAAUACAAUGAACUUAGAGCAUUCACAUUGGAGCCUCAAUAUUUAUAUAUUCAAUAUAAUAUAGAGUAAAAAUAGAGAAACAUCAUUA